AGAAGGCUUCCCACCAGGACUAGACUGAGCUAUCCAAGAGAUCAAGACCCCUCACUAAGGACAUUUGUCAGAGGCCUGGCACUGUGGCACCGCCCAGGAUGGACAGUGUCCCAGGAGAUUACAGCAAACGAGUGUACCAGGGUGUGAGAGUGAAGCACACGGUCAAAGAUCUCCUGGCAGAAAAGCGAUCCAGGCAGACAAGUAACUCCAGACUCAAUGGCAGUGUCAGCUCCUCUCAGCCUCCAUUCAUCCAGAUGCCAGGAUCACCAGUGAUGUCAGGUUACUAUGGUGUCAGGAGAUCUUUCCUGUCUGAUUCUGACUUCCAUAGCAGCAAACAGUUCUCAAAUGACCUCUACACCCCCAGCGUGACCAAGCCCUUUGCCUGUGAGUCCUCAGCUGGGCAGAGCCACACGGGUCUGCUGGAGUCCUACCUGGCAGAACCCUACGGAGACUACCGCCCACCAGCGCUGACCCCCACACCGAGUUCCCUGUUCAGCACCUCGACGCUGCCACCGCUCUUGCCACCUCCAUUCCCCAGUGACCCAACUCAUUUCGUCUUUAGAGACUCCUGGGAACAGACGGUACCAGAUGGGCUCAGCCAGCCGGACCCUAUGCCCACCGAUGCCCUGCAGACCUUGCCACCCAGUACCAGUUGCCUCUCCCAACUGGAGUCAGGAAACAGCACCCAGCACAGGAACAUGGGCUGGGGGGCGUCCCUUGCUGGGACUCAGUCCUACUCGCUGCAUGCAUUGGAAGAUCUGCACCACACACCAGGGUACCCCACCCCACCUCCAUACCCCUUCAGUUCUUUCAUGACAGUGUCAAAUGACCUCCCACCCAAGGUGGGGCCCCUCUCCCCGGAGGAAGGGUCAGAUGUCUCUUCCCUUCAUGAUCCUUCACCUUGGACAAAAGAAGAUGGCAGUAUGGCCUGGAGCUCUUAUGAAUGCCGGAGAGCUUACUGAGAAGCAGGCCAGAGGACUUCUGCAUCCUUAUAGAAGUUGGACCCUGUGUCCACAGAUUCUUCUAGGUGUGUUAGCUCAUUCAGAACUGGAUUUUCAGUUUAAGCCACAAUUCUGUCAGUGCUAGUUGACAAUGACACUCAUCCCCGUUCUCAUCCACUGCGAGACCCCUACAAAACACUACAAUGUCAAUCAAAUAUGUGUGGAUCACACCUUAAUGAGACAACCUUUACAAGGAGGUCACCUUAGAGCUUUGGUAACCUAUUCUAUUCUAAAUUUUCUGUUACCUUUAAAGCAUCAUUUUUAGCACUGGUUAUUUUUCUUGUAAUGCAUUAAAAAACUUUAUGCAGAUCAUAAAACA